CAGAAAAAUUAAAAAUGAAAUAAGUCAUAACAAAAGCACGCUUGAAUUAUAAGUUAAUAAUUGUUUUAAAUUGUGAUAAAUAGAGACGAUAAAUUGCUUCAAUAAAUCUGUGAAAUUGUCACUAAAAUGGGUCGUAAAAGGUAUAACGCCAAAGCGCGUCAAGUAGUUAAAACUAGCAUUGACGAUUCUCAGACGAAUGAGAUUAAACUUGAUAUUGCAAAAAAUGAAUAUGGAGUGACAGAUACCAGCAAUUUGGUGGUAUUGCCAUCAAAGAAAAGAAAAACAAAUAUAGUCAAGGACAAAAAAGAAAAGACAAGAUUUCUUUCAAAAGCCCAGCGCAAAAGGCUAGAGAAGAUUGCGGAUAAAAAGAAGAAAAAAGAAAAUAGGGCAGCACUACUGGAGUCUUUGUCUUUAGUACAAGCAACCCCAGAGGAAGUAAACCAAUUGACUACAAUAUCUUCUGUUCAAACUCUGGGAUUACGAAAGUUAAAUGAAUAUAAUGUAGAGCAAAGUACACAGAACACUCAACCUGAUAAUGAGCAGAAGAAAUUCAGCAGUAUUGCAGGUGCAAAAAAGCGAUUGAGAUUGCUAAGGAUGGAGAAGACAGGAAGUGGCAAAAAACAAAAGUAUGACCCUAAUAUAAUUGGCCUUGAAGAGUCGUCUGAUGAUGCUAGUUCUGACUCUGACGCUGAUGAAGUUACUGAAAAUAGUCUUGAAAGUGAAGAAAUUAAAGAAAACAAUAUUGUGGAAGAAAAUAAUUUAUUACAGACUGAUACAAAAACAGAACCACAAGAUAUAGAUAAAAAUGAGAAUACUGAAAAACAAAUUAGUCAAGAUAAAAAUGACAAGACAAACGAAAAUAAUAACAAAAAAGAAGAGUCAGGACAAAAUAUAAAAGAAAACAAAAAACCUUUGUUAACACACACCACAGUACAUAUUGAUGUUAAAAGAGACCCAAAAAUACAAAUUGCAAGAUUAAAAUUACCAAUUCUAGGCGAAGAACAGAGAAUAAUGGAGCUUGUUAAUGAGAAUGAAUUUGUCAUUGUGGCUGGUGAAACUGGUAGUGGUAAAACAACCCAGUUACCACAAUUCCUUUAUGAGGCGGGUUAUGCUGAAACAAAAAUGAUAGGUGUAACAGAACCAAGGAGGGUUGCAACUGUUGCUAUGUCUCAAAGAGUUGCUUUCGAGUUGGGAUUGACAAGCAAGCAUGUCUCAUACUUGAUGCGGUUUGAGGGAAAUGUCAGCAAGGAUACUAAAAUUAAGUUUAUGACUGAUGGUGUUCUUCUCAAAGAGAUUCAGUCAGACUUCCUUCUGAGCAAAUAUUCGGUAAUAAUCAUAGAUGAGGCACACGAAAGGAGCGUCUACACAGAUAUUCUGUUGGGAUUGCUCUCACGUAUCGUGCCCUUAAGACUUAAGAGAGGCAUUCCAUUGAGGUUGAUUAUCAUGUCUGCCACACUGAGAGUUGAGGAUUUCACAGAAAACACCAGAUUGUUUAAAAUACCACCGCCAGUGAUAAAGGUAGAAUCCAGACAGUUUCCAGUGACAGUACAUUUUAACAAGAACACUUACAGUGAUUAUUUGAAGGAGGCUUACAAGAAAACAGUAAAAAUACACACAAGGUUACCUGAGGGUGGAGUGUUGAUCUUUGUUACUGGGCAGCAAGAGGUACAUUACUUAGUACGCAAAUUAAGAGCAUCGUUUCCGUAUCGGAAGGAUGUGGACUAUUCAAAACUCAUCACCAAGAAGGUUACAAAUGAAGUGGAUACUGCAUUGGAUUCUGAACCAGAGGAUAUUGAAUCUGAUGACGAUGAGGUGGAGAAAGAAAUGAAACGGAUACGCAAAGCGAGGAGGAAAGCAAAGAAAAAGGGGAGAACUUUGCCAAAAAUCAAUUUGGAUGACUACGACAUGCCAGAGGAUGAUGGACAGGCGGACUUGGUCAGCGAUGACGAUAGCGAGGCACAUCUGAGUGAUUCAGACGCAGAAGAGGACAGUCUAACACCUGUGAUCAAGUCCUGUAGACAGCCACUGUGGGUGCUCCCACUGUACUCCAUGCUGGGUUCAGCCAAACAGGCGCUGGUCUUUGAUCCACCGCCUGUUGGUGCCAGACUGUGCGUCGUUAGCACAGAUGUGGCGGAAACAUCGCUGACCAUACCCGGGGUGAAGUAUGUGGUUGACUGUGGGAAGAAAAAGAUGCGGGUGUACGACCACACGACGGGCGCGAGCGCGUGGCGCGUGGUGUGGACGUCGCAGGCGAGCGCGGAGCAGCGGGCGGGGCGCGCGGGGCGCACGGCCGCCGGCCACGCCUACCGGCUGUACAGCAGCGCCGUGUUCCAGCACGACUGCGUGCCGCACUACGAGCCCGACCUGUGCCGCCGCCCCGUCGACGACUUGCUGCUGUGCAUGAAGUGCAUGGGCAUUGACAAGGUUGUGAAUUUUCCGUAUCCAACCGCACCAGAUAGGCUUCAGCUGCGCUUAGCUGAAAAACGGCUAGAAGUGUUGGGUAUACUGGAGAAGCCUGUAGUUAAGAACACUAGGAGGAAAGACAACGAUGAGAUACUAAAAGUAACGCCGCUGGGUAAGGCAGUGUCCGCGUUUCCUCUGCUACCGCGCUACGGCAAGAUGUUGGCGCUCAGUCACCAGUUCAACUUGCUGCCCUACACCAUCGCCUUGGUCUCCGCGCUUACCGUGCAAGAGGUCAUGACCGGAAAGGCGGACAAUUGGCCCGCUACCGGUAACACGCUGCUCCUGGGUGACCCGGGGGUCCUGCUGAGAGCGGUCGGCGCGGCGGAGUAUUCCUUCGUCAAGGGGGAGGAGGAACUGUUCUGUGCCAAAUAUGGCUUGAGGGAAAAGGCAAUAAAAGAAAUACGUAAGCUCCGCAAACAGUUGACAUCGGAGAUCAACCUCAGUGUAUCAGGUAUAGAUCUGACAAUAGAUCCAGAAAUGAAACCCCCAGACGAUAAACAAGCGAGGCUACUUAGACAACUCCUGUUGAGCGGCUUGGGAGACCAAGUUGGGAGGAAAAUUGGGCUCGAGGAAGUAAAGGAGGGUGAAGACAAACGCAAAUUCAAAUACGCCUACCACUGCGCGAAUUUGGAAGAGCCAGUUUUCCUGCACUCGGGCUCAAUACUACGUAAGGUGAUACCCGAAUGGGUGGUGUACCAAGAGCUUUAUGAGACCGGCGGCGAGGACAAAAGGAAAAUGGUCAUGAGGAAUGUGGCUGCCAUAGAACCAGAGUGGCUGCCAGUGUACAUACCACAAUUGUGUAACUUGGGCGAACCUCUAUCAGACCCUGAACCAAGAUAUGACGCGACAUCGGGCCGCGUGAAGUGUCACUUCAAAGGGACAUUCGGCAAAAGUUGCUGGGAACUGCCCGUAGCUGAGAUUGACUAUCCAGACAAAAUUGAACGAUACAAAUGGUUCGCAAGAUUCCUACUAGAAGGCAAAGUGUUUCCCAAACUCAAGAAGUAUAGCGGGUCAUUACUAUCCCCCCCAUCAACAAUGAUCAAAAGUUGGGCCAAUCUUCAGCCGAGGACCGAAGUUUUGUUGAAAUGUUUGAUAUCAAGACGUGUUGGUACGAAGGAUCAGUUGGAAAACGCGUGGAAAGAACAGAGUACUUAUUUGUUGGAGGAAUAUUUAAAAUGGAUACCAGAGUCGGCGCACAACGAAAUUACAUUAUAUUGGCCACCAGUGUUAUAAAUUAGAUUUUUUUGUUUGUUAUGUAAAUACUGUACAUUAUUUGUUUUUUAAAUAAAGAUAUUUUGAAUGGGAA